AUGACUUCCUCAACAAGAACCGUUCUACUUGGCUUAGCCACCACCAUCGUGUCCGCCCAGUUCGGACCUGGUCCUGGCGAUAGAUGGAGCCCUGGAUCGAGUGAUGAAUGGAGCUCUGGGUCCUAUGGAGGCGGGGGUGAUGACGCCAACAGCGACUACGCCACACAAUACGGCAGUGAUGGUGCAAAUGGCGGCUUCACAAACACGGAUUCAGAAUCGCGCCGCAAAAUGAUCACAGCACAUGGUGUCCUCGCCGCCCUCGCCUUCGUCCUCUUCUUCCCCCUCGGCUCGAUCCUCAUCCGCCUAGGUACUUUCCGUGGUCUCUGGAUCGUACAUGGCUUGUUCCAGCUCUUCGCCUACACCGUCUACCUCGCUGCCUUUGGCAUCGGUGUGUGGAUGAUCAACGAUAUGCCUGUGAGCCUAUUGGACAACUACCACCCCAUCAUUGGCAUCAUCGUCUUCGUCAUGCUCUUCUUCCAGCCCAUUCUUGGCUUCAUCCACCACCUCCAGUACAAGAAGUAUACUUGCCGGACGGUAUGGUCCCAUUGCCAUCUUUGGCUAGGACGCAUCCUCAUUACGCUUGGCAUGAUCAAUGGCGGUCUUGGCCUCUUGCUUGCCUCUGGUGCGCCCGCAUUCACUGGUAUUGCUGCUAGCCGUGGCCAGAUGAUUGCGUAUGGCGUUGCUGCGAGCAUCAUGUGGGUGCUGUGGGUUGUCUCGGCUAUCUACGGGGAGAGGAGGAGUGCAUUGUCGAGAAAAGCGGCGCUGAAUAAGGAAGUGGGAAUUCCAGAGCAGCUUAGACAUAUUCCUCACAAGGGAGCUUACGCCUGA